GCGACUGGGCUUCCAAUCGCACACGCUCGACAACCUGCGCGCAGUCUCCAUCGCAACGAUCGCGUCACCCGGCGCGACGCAAGGGCUCAUCCAGAGCCUCUUCUACUCGAACGUCACACACCUCCGGCUCGUCGUCUACAUGGGCGGGACGUGGAUCCCCGAGUUCGGGCCACACGUGAUCGCGGCGAUCGCGUCGCACGUCCCGCGCCUGCAGGAGCUCGUCCUCGACCAGCUCGGGAUGACCAAAGUCUGCGCGCUGCCGGGCAACCUGAACGAGUGGGCGGCGGCGUUCCGCCGCAUGGCGUACCUCCGCAGGCUCAUCUUCCACAGCCUCUUCGUGCUCGACGUGAACGGGCCCUUUGUCGAGCCCGAGGGCGACUACGUGGACGACGCGUACAUGGAAGAGGAUCCAAACGACGACCUCGGCGCUGCGAACGCGUCCGCCAUCUCCGACGGCGAGUACGACUACGACGAGUACGCGCACGACGACGACGACGACGACGACGACGCAGAGUCCACUCCCUCGACCGACUCCGACUCCGACAUGCCCUCCGACGGCGCGAGCGCCCGCGCCUACUCGCCCGACAGCGCGCUGAGGUUCAACCUCAUCAUGCUCGCCGCGUGGGCCGAGACGUUCCUGGACGAGCACCUGCGCCUCUGCGCGCCGUUCGAGGAGCUCUGGUUCAUCGGCGUGCGCGCGGACGGCCCCGCGGCGCAGCCGCGGGAGAUGGCGGUCGGGUACCGUCAGAUCGCGUACGAGGACGUGGAUAGGCGGGGCGUCAGGAGCACGCGGUUCAUGAUCACCCCGGCGGGGGGCGGCUGGACGUGCUGGUGGAACGAUAGGGGGAGGGAGGAUCUCCAGGCGGCGUUUCACCGCUGACGCGUCCAUGCGGCGGUGACACAACGGUUAGUUGACCGGCAUGUGCAGCCCCGCUUCCGCUAAGACAGCUAUCUCCGUUCUCGUUGCAUUCGUUCUCAUGCUCGCGCUCUGCUCUUCCCAUUUCUGCGCUUUGCUUUUCGUUCGCUUUUGGAUACGCUCUUGUACGGCAUUCGGAACUUAGAACUCGAGGAUACGCGGUGACCAAUAAUACACGCUGAGUUACUCU